ACUUCCGCUUUUCAUUGGUGUGUUGUCUUUCGACAAAAUCUUCGUUUUCAUCUGAUUGCUGGUUGAUUUUGACCAUUAUGCCAAGCAAGAAAAAGAAAUUCAACUCAAGAUUUCCACCUGCAAGAAUCAAGAAGAUCAUGCAAACAGAUGAAGAAGUAGGAAAGGUUGCAGCUGCUGUCCCUGUUAUUAUUUCUAGAGCUCUUGAAAAAUUCAUUGAAACAUUAAUUGUGAAAACAGGGGAGACAACUUCCAACAAGAAUGCCAAGACAUUGACAGCAACUCAUAUUAAGCAAACGAUUGUGUCGGAGAAAAAGUUUGACUUUUUAAGAGACCUUGUAUCCACUGUACCUGAUCACCAAGCAGAAGACGAAGGUGAAAGUUCAAAUCAUGGUGAAACAAAGAAACAAAAAAGGCCAAGAAAACAAAGAGAAAAAUCAGAAAAAUCAGAAAAAAGAAGAGGCAGAAAGAAAAAGUCAUCAGAAAGUUCUGAGGAGGAAAAUAAUCACAAUACAAACAAUGGAGAUGAUAAUCCAGUCAAUGAAGAUCCAGCAGAAGAUGAGGAUGACGACGAAGAUACUGAAACAGAUGAAGAUGAUCACUCGUCAGAAUCACAUCCAGCCGAACCUAUCUCAUACGAUCAAAGUUUUAAUGCGUCAUUGCCAAGUAGUGCAGGAUUAGCUCAAAAAUCAAGUUUUUCACCACCCAUUAGUCAUAGUUCAUCAACAUUUAUUCCCCCUUUUGUUAAUAAGAUGCCAUCAGUAAGCCACAUGAUGCCAUCAAAUCCAUUUGUACCAUUGAUGCCACCAUUCCCAAACUCAGGGAUGCCACCAGUCAUAAUAGAUGAAUCAAAUCAGCCCUUAGAUUUAUGCACAACUUCAUCAUCAUCAAAGAUUAGUAGUGUGGUAAAAACCAGCAUUUGUACAGCCGUGUCACAGAACUCUGAGGAAGAUGAUGAUUAUGAUACAUAAUGUGUUAUCAAUUAUAGAUAUUUUAGUCGUUGAUUGUUUUGUUACAAGCUAGGCCAACAUAUUUUAUUUAUAGGUUUUCAUAAAUGUGAUAAUUUUAGAUCCACCUCAAUUUAAGAAUUAGGAAAUGUUUCAUUUUGAUUCUUCCCUGUGCAUCUAAUCUUUUUGACAGAUUAUUAUCAUGAUUAUGAUAUUGGAAUUUUUUAUACUUAAAAUGUUUUUUUCAAAGCAGUUUUUGUUUUCGUCUUUUACUCUUAUUUAUGCUUCCUACCUAACUUUUUUGGACAAAUAAUCUAAACCUACAAAUUUGAAAUGUUGGCCUUUAGGAAGGUCAUCAGCAAUAAUAUUGUUAUCACAAUUUUAUUUUGUGAGUAGAUGUGAAAAUUUGUCUUAGAUCUGUAUAAAUGCAAGUGCUAGCAGUGAGUCAAAGUUUUGUCUGUUUUUUGUAAGCAGUUAUGUUUCUGUUGUAUGAACUUCUCUUAUUCAUAUUUUAUUCAAAUCUAUAGAAGACAUG